AAAGAUUUCUUCGCAUUUGGUGGUUUACAGUAUCAAAAUGGUCAUGACAGGUUCAAAUUUUACCCUUGUUGAGAUCAGACUUGUUUGAACUUACAAGUAAAUAUUUCCUUACAUAGUUCCAGGAUUUCCAGGUCAUCUUGAGUACCAACAUCACACCAUCACCAUGGAGCAGAACGGGUGGGGCCCUCCUGCUGUAGAUCUCAACUUCCUCAAGUCUGGUUUGGGAGUGCUCAAAGUGGUACAAAUGAUACUGAGCCUUGCAGGCUUCAUCAUAGCAGAGGUCACAGCACCUCCAUACGGCUGGGAACAGAUGAAAGCUUUUGAGUGGAUCUCCCUCACCAUCUUCAUCCUCACCCUGGCAGUCUUCACCACCUUCCUGGCCUCCUGGCACAAGAGCGAGGCUGUAGUCAGGGUAAACUGGCCACUUGUGGAUUUUUGCCAUUCAGCUCUGUGUACAGUGCUGUGGUCUAUAAACUUGAUCUUGGGACUUGUUUCUAUUAGCUGGUAUUGGCUACCCGAAGAACCUGGAGCCAUUGUUGAUACGGAUUUUGUUCACUCUGGGCUGUGUUUCUUGUUGUGGGCUGUGAAUUUUAUCCUGAUGAUGACUGUAAUGCCCCUCAGACACUGGCGUUGGUACAGGGUAGGAGGGACACUUCCAUGUAUGGUUCUGGCGAUUAUUUCCUUGGUGACGUUCUGGGCGACCGUGCGGAUGUCGUAUCGACGCUGGCACCUCUUCAGCCCCACGCCAACCAUACCGUACCACUAUCAGCACCUGGGAACAGAGCCGUACUCUUAGACAAUAGGUCAACACAACUUUCUUCAAGAAAAAUA